CCUCGUUCUGGCUGCCCAGUGUUUUUCCAGCUGCCGGCUCAGACUUCCUCUCCCCAGAAAGGAGAUUCGGUGUACAUUUUUUUUUUUUUUCUUCCUGCGCGUGAAGCUCCAGCAAAGUCAGAUCCAAACUUGCAGUGUCCACUAAGUGGAGAGGCAGACCCUCAUCCUGUCUGCUUGGGGAGCAGUCCUUUUUAAUAGCAACACUGCCAGAACCUGAGGUUUGGAGAAGUACUAAUGGCUUUCAGCCUGGGUUGGAAAACUUCCAGGAGCCAGUGGCGUUUCCUGCAGGCUAUGAGCAGUGGGUUGCCCCUGUUUCCCUGGAGGACAGCAGGGAGCUGUUUGGACCCUGAGAUGAAAGCCUACCUGGAGGAGAACACUGAAGUCACCAGCAGUGGCAGCCUUACCCCUGAAAUCCAGCUACGGCUUUUGACCCCCAGGUGCAAGUUCUGGUGGGAAAGGGCUGACCUGUGGCCCUACAGUGAUCCCUACUGGGCAAUCUACUGGCCAGGAGGCCAGGCCCUGUCUAGGUAUCUUUUGGAUAACCCGGAUGUUGUUAGAGGAAAGUCUGUCUUAGAUCUUGGGAGUGGAUGUGGGGCUACAGCAAUUGCUGCUAAGAUGAGUGGAGCAUCAAAGAUCUUGGCCAAUGACAUAGACCCCAUUGCAGGAAUGGCGAUUACACUAAAUUGCAAAUUAAAUGGACUGAAUCCUUUUCCCAUUUUAACUGAAAACAUUCUGAAUACUCAGCAAGGUAAGUUUGAUGUCAUUGUUCUUGGAGAUAUGUUUUAUGACGAAGACCUUGCAAACAGUCUUCAUCUGUGGCUGGAGAACUACUUUUGGACCCACAGAACCCGAGUAUUGAUUGGUGACCCUGGGAGGCCCCAGUUCAGUGGACAUAGCAUUCGGCAUCGGCUGCAUCAGCUGGAAGAAUACAUACUUCCAGAGCCAACUCAGCGGGAUAACAAUGGACUGACCACAAGUGCAGUGUGGGAAUUUCAUCCCUGAUUUGUCAGGGUGCUUUUAUUAUGGGUAUAGUUCUGUUUGUAUUAAACUCUAAAACUUUCCUCUGUAGGAGGUUCAGUUUAAAGAAUGCAAUUCAGUGGGGUGUGGUGGCUUGAGGCUUGAAUACCACCACUUGGGAGGCUGAGGUAGGCUGAUCUCUGUGAGUUUGAAGCCAGACUGGUCUGCAUAGUGAGUUAGUUCCAGGACAGCCAGAGCUACAUAAUGAAACCCUAUGUAAUGGAGAAAGUUAUUUGAAAUUUCCUCUGUCCGGCCCUGCAUAGUCAUGCACUUGUUUAAUCCCAGCACUUGAGAGGCAGAGGCAGGUGGAUCUCUGUGAGUUUGAGGCCAGCUUGGUCUACAGUGAGUUCCAGGGCAGCCAGAGUUACAUGGUGAGACCCUGUCUCAAAAAAAAAAAGAAAAGGAAAAAAUAAAUUUCUUUCUUCCUUUGCUCUAAUACCUUGGAUAACUCUGGUUAUCUAAAACUUUGGUUUACUAAAGUUAGUAAUGGUUAUGUUCCCACUUCAUAUACCAGGUUGUCAGGAUUUUAUAACAGCAAAACACUGAACUCUAAGCAAAAAUAAUGUGAAUAAUACAUAUCAUAUACAACUGAUUAUGUAGAAAGUAUAUCUCUAUAUGUAUUUAUAUAUAAUAUACACAAUUUGCUGCAGUAUUAAUAUCUCUGGAAGAUAAGGAACUAGAGUGUUAUCUUUCUGUUACUGUAACAAAAUAACUGAUAAAAAUCAACUUAAAAAGGAGAGGUUUAUUUUGACUCAGUUUCCCAGAGGCUCCAAUCCUUGGUCUUUGGCUCCACUGUUGUGCAGCGGCGGCAAGGUAGGAUGUUACAGCAACAACAGUGUGCAGUAGAAGUGGCCAGGAAGCAGAGAGCCAGAAACCAGGAAUAAGAUAGACCCUCUAAGGACACAACUGCACGGACUUCUUCCAACAGAGCCGCACCUCCUAGAGUUCCCAUCCAUGAGGAAUCAGCCCAACUCAAUUUUGUAAUCAGGAAACCAACUCCAGUUAAUUUCCAUUUACUGUAAAACUUAAGUUUCUGUUUAUCAGAACUGGGCUGUGCCCCACCAUCAUAACCAUAGACUGUUCGGUAACAGAUGUUCCAGGAAGAUUUCCUUAACUGCCUAGUCUUGCUUCUGUAACCACGCUUGCUUGCAAAAUCUCCCACCCUGCAGUUUUGCCCUAUAAAAGAGGUAUGAAAAAUUG